CAGAAUGGGUUGAGAUUUGAGAAAAACAACACGACAACAAUAGCAGAAGAAGAAGUGUUAGUGUUACUCUCUGAGCGAAUGGGUGGAAGAUGGAUUAAAACCCUUUUACAUAAAAAUCACCACCACAUACCAACAACAACAGUAACACGUUCUUCUCUUUUACUAUCCAAACCCCCCCUUUUUCUUCAACCGUUUUCUCAGUGUUGCUGCAAUGCAAUCCCUUGUUAUAUUGAUUCCGAUCCGAUUCAUUUCGAUCAUACCCAAAGAUUUGGUGCACCGGAUGAUGAUCCAUCUGUCAAAGCUUUCUUCCUUUCCACCAGAUAUUACAGUUGAUGAUGGAAGAUGCUAUUGAUGAUUGGCAUUUGGCUCCUGAGGCAGAUUCUUUGGCUCCUGAAAGAGGACACUGUUGCACAAGGGAUUCGGUGGCUCCAAGAUGCAAGCAUUUUCAAACGCCUUUUACUGGAACAUUAUAUGCCGACUCAGAUGAAUGAAGCUUUUUAUGCAAAUUAACAGAGUAAGACUUACUUGGAUGUGGGCAUUUGGUGAAUUAUUGGCCUUCUUCUUCCAUCGACAACACUGAGAGCACUACAUUCUUGACCUAACUGCUGUUUGCUAAUAGAUACUCUAAUUGGACAACAUAUUGCAUAUAUCUGUCUCACCAUUACACCAAAAAUAUCCCAUAUACGUAAUCUUGUAUUGUAACAAGAUUAGUUUAAAAGUUAACCGUUAAAAAUACGAUCAUUCAACUCCUCCUAAAGACACCACAGAACUAAGUAGUAGGUUGUGCACAGGCACAACCAAAAAGGUGUACUCUCUUUGUCUUGCUAAAGCUCACAAAAUAGUCAAAACAAACCGCUCCAAGUUAUGAGAAUGAACGAAGUGUUCAUCAAAGGCCAUAAGGCAUUCUCACUCUGAAUGAUGUUUAUUUCUGGUCAACAGUUUUCUACACAUGCAAAAUCUGGAUUUAUUUUUUGUUUGUUUUCUAGUAGACAUUACAUUGUGAAAGAAAGAAACUACUAUUACACUUCUUUGGUAGAAUAUAACUACUUUUUUUGCAGGAUUUAUUCUUGCAUUUCUGCAAAUGAUGUGAUGGAUUUAUAUAAAAUAAAAUGUCAAAAACUGAAGAGCAUGAGACGCUUCUGGGAGAUUGUGAGACUGUUUGGGAAUUGUAUGUGGUUGGAUAUGACGAGGAUGGGAAUCAAUGCAGAUAUGGAGAAAAUGUGAGAGAAGUCGAUUACAAUCCCAAGUGGACUUGCCCUUGUUGCCGAGAAAUUUGCAGCUGCAAUAGUUGCCCUUGUUAUUAUGCAGUAUAUAACUCCAGAAGAAAGCAUUAUCUUCUCUUGAAUGUUCUUUCUGCUGCAGUUGAUUUUCCUACUUGUGACUUUAUUAGGAUGUCACUUUCUGUUGGUAAAACUGGUUUGAGGACUUUAGCUGUUGUUACAAAGGCUGAUAAAUCUUCUGAAGGAUUGUUGGAGAAGAUUCUUCCCGAUGAUUUCAAGGGGGUGGCGGAUCACUAUCCCUCCUCAACGAUGGACCUUCUGCAUCUACCACGUUGUACUUGCCAUGGAAUGCAGAUGAAUUUGAUAGAAGUAACCCACCGCAAAGGGCUACAGCAAGUGUGUUAAGAUCUGAUA